GUUAAAAGGAGAAAGGUUCCUUACUGACGAACCUGAACGAUUGGAGAAUGCUUUUAGAAGGUGCAAGAAACUUACGGGAACGUUAGUAACUCUCAAAAGACUCGCCUCUGUACAAGAACAGCGACACACAGGUGCUUCCUCGAUGCCUGAAAAAUCGCUAUCCGCCGAUGGAUCUCAUUCUAGUGGAGACGCUCAUACGCAUACUGCCAAAUCUGGCAGACACGACUGGAAACGAAGUUCAAACUUCCGACAGAAGAUUGACCUGUGGAGGGGGUUUUCCACUUUAGGAUGGGCUCAGAAGACCAUCGACCCAGACUUUGAUCCUGUGAUUCGUGCUUUUCCUGAGGAUCACCAGAGGGCACAACAGAAAGAGACAGCCCUAGAUGAGUUGCUCAAUGAGCUUCAGUGUUUUAACCAGACAGAAGAAAUAAGACAAGAUCCUUCUCUUUGGGCUCAUGGGCAUUUUACUUCCCACUACUCUGAAUCCUCCUCCCACGGUCUUUCUCGACAGCAUGCCAAAGGGCAUUUAAAGACGGGAAUCUCUUCCUUGGAUGAUGGAAGCAAAUUAGCUAUAAGCGAAGGUGGGAUUCGUCGUCUGAGCCCUUCUGCGUUAGACAAAAAUAAAAUUUCUGUUGCUUCUCUGUCUAGUGGUCGUAAAAAUCAACAUAAACCACCCUACCUAGCGCCUAAAAAAGUGCCCCCUCCUCCACCUCGCACAACUAGUAGGUCUGUGAUGCAGUCUUCCAACAUAUCCACGUUCACGAAAGACGACGACCUUAUAGACGCUACCAGUUCUUCCCAGCACAAGACUCAACACGUCAGCAAGCGAAGUCAACCAGGUUUACAGUUGCUCAGGUCUGCAUCUGAUUCAUCCCAAAAAUCAACGUCUAGUGAUGGACCCCAUUCUAAACCAGUUACCAACCAGAUCAUUCGAACACGAGCCUUGGAUGAGUUCAUUCGGAGGGACCAGUCAUCUAGUAGCAGCAGUGAAAGUGUGAAUUCUCAAGAAGGGUUGCUUUUAAGAAACGGUCCCUCUAUCAGAACGCAGCUCGAGCGGAGCUUGUCAGAAGGAGCGGGACCUUGUGUCGUGAACGCUGCGAACUUGAUCAACAGAUUAAUCCCUUCAUCUAACUUGCUUCUCUCCCAGAGCCGCCAGGAGAUUUUAGAGUACAGACAUCAGGAACUACUCGAUAAACAAAAACGUUUGCAAGAUCAAUAUACUAAGCUACAACAACUUCAGCGUGCUCAAUAUCUGACCCGUUCCUCUCCAACAAGUCGGGCGCUCAGUUUCACCGGACCCGGCGAUCUCAAGAAGACGGGCAGUGAAAACAACAUCUUGUCAAAGAUGAAGCUUUCUUUAGUCCCUACCUCAAGUUCUUUGACACAGCUCUCUACAAAAACUAAUAAAAAUCCUAGCGCAGAAACCCAAGUACCGGCUGCUCAGAUGCUGGGAAGGAAACAUAAAGCCAGCACACUUCCACAGUCGUCAAAUCCGAUACACGAGACGGACAUAAUAUAACAUGUAUCUAAUAUCUUCCAGGAGCUCAAUGUAAAACCCCUGUCAUAUCGUCGGCUCAAGAUUGGCUUCUGCUUUCUCGAAACGUUGAUUUGGAAUGAGUUUAUUAAAGUUGAGCUGAACCUUAUCGGGAUGGCCAUUUGUUCCUUUCUGUUUACGUUUUCUGAAAAUUAUUAUUUCUGACGUUAUUACCGAAACCUUUAAAUAUAUCUAAGUUCUAAACCCACAACCCUCGUUAAGCUGCUAAAUUUUGGGAUAAAGAGAUGUGAAAAUUCAUGCUUAUUUUAUUUUGUGCAGGAUGGAUCGCUUAGAAGUACCUAUAUAUAAAUAUAUAUAUAUUUAGAAUUAAAUAACAGAGUUUAGGUAAGUAGAAUCGAUAGUUUUUAAUGACUAGUCAUCUAAAAAUCUGUAUAACUUUUAUCUAGAAAGAUAAUAGACUUUAUCAAACAGUUUCUCUAAACUGCACUAUCUCAUCGGCAGACAGUUGAUCUGCCAGCUAUAAAUAUACCGAGACUGCCUUCACCUUCUUAACCUAAGUGACUUGUCUACAUGCCUUCACGCUUCGUAUAACGGUAUCUGUAAGUAGGAUACUUCAAAGUAUCAACACUCUUCCAGCUAUGACCUGCACGUGUGUACCAAACAGACUGUUCUUUCAGCGAUGGCUAAGGAGUGUAUGAUCGUCAACCCAGUCGGAAGGUCGAGAGAAAUUUGACGAUUUGUUUGGAAAGAGGAUAAAUCCUUAGAGUUCGUUCUACCUAUCGUCUUUAUGUACGUUACCAUUGCACUUUCACAAUCAAGAUACGAGCUGCACAACAAUUAAAGCACUUUUUACCUUCACUUUUAAUAAUAGUGUGAAAUGUUAUCUCAGGUUGGAUAUUUUUUAGGUAAUUCAUUCUCUUCUAUCUUUCAUUGAUGAUAAUUAAUAGUUAAAAGUUAUCCAUAACGGUUUUUUUUAAAUAAAAAGUUAUUGAAACAUUUCAAAUACUUGAAUUCCCUCAGUUAAAACAUCAUCCGACCCCUAAUACAUGUCGUGUUCCUUCAGUGAAAACAUUAUACAACCCUUAAUACAUGUCGUGUUCCCUCAGUGAAAACAUUAUACAACCCUUAAUACAUGUCGUGUUCCCUCAGUGAAAACAUUAUUCAACCCCUAAUACAUGUCGUGUUCCCUCAAUGAAAACAUUAUUCAACCCAUAAUACAGGUCGUGUUCCUUCAGUGAAAACAUUAUACAACCCCUAAUACAUGUCGUUUUCCCUCAGUAAAAACACUAUACAGCCCCUAAUACAGGUCGUGUUCCUUCAGUGAAAACAUUAUACAACCCCUAAUACAUGUCGUGUUCCCUCAGUGAAAACACUACACAACCCCUAAUACAUGGCGUGUUCCCUCAGUGAAAACAUUAUACAACCCCUAAUACGUGUCGUGUUCCUUCAGUGAAAGUAUUAUUCAAUCUUUAAUACAUGUCGUGUUCCCUCAGUGAAAACAUUAUACAACCCCUAAUACAUGUCGUGUUCCCUCAGUGAUAACAUUAUUCAAUCUAUAAUACAUGUCGUGUUCCCUCAGUGAAAACAUUAUUCAAUCCCUAAUACAUGGUCGUGUUCCCUCAGUGAAAACACUACACAACCCCUAAUACAUGUCGUGUUCCCUCAGUGAAAACAUUAUACAACCCCUAAUACGUGUCGUGUUCCCUCAGUGAUAACAUUAUUCAAUCUAUAAUACAUGUCGUGUUCCCUCAGUGAAAACAUUAUUCAAUCCCUAAUACAGGUCGUGUUCCCUCAGUGAAAACAUUAUUCAACCCCUAAUACAGGUCGUAUUCCUUCAGUGAAAACAUUAUACAACCCUAAUACAUGUCGUGUUCCCUCAGUGAUAACAUUAUUCAACCCCUAAUACAUGGCGUGUUCCCUCAGUGAAAACAUUAUACAACCCCUAAUACGUGUCGUGUUCCUUCAGUGAAAGUAUUAUUCAAUCUUUAAUACAUGUCGUGUUCCCUCAGUGAAAACAUUAUUCAACCCCUAAUACAUGUCGUGUUUCCUCAGUGAAAACAUUAUUCAACCCCUAAUACAGGUUGUGUUCCCUCAGUGAAAACAUUAUUCAACCCCUAAUACAUGUCGUGUUCCCUCAGUGAUAACAUUAUUCAACCCUUAAUACAAGCCCCCUUUUUUUUUACCCUUUCAGGGUAACAACUUACACUUACAAACAAAAUACCGAUUUCUUCACAAAAAGAGUGUAAAAGGUUUAAGUUUUAUAACUAGAUUUAUUUGAAAUACAAAGUGCUCAAGAAAAUCUGAAUACACAAUCAGGUGUAUGACAGGUAAUAACUCGAUGGAUUCUUUAAACAACUUGUCACAUGAACGUUAUGGAAUCUUUCAAUGUGGCAAAAUGCCCCCCGUGGCUCUCAGCGAUAAUUCCGAGGACUUAUGAUGCUAAAAGUUGGGCUUCGAUAUCCGCAGUGGGCAGAGCACAGAUAACUAAUUGUGGGUUUUUGUGUUUAACAACAAACAAAUAUGUUACUAGAUGGUUAAGCUCACAAGUCUCGUAUCCUUAAAUAAAAUUUAAAAAAUCGUGAGAUUACCUAAAUUAGUAUUGAAGAUAAAUCAAUUAUAAAAUUUAAAAAAAAAGACUUUCAUCGUUUCCUGUAAAAUUCAAACACGCUUGAUGGCUUUAUAACAUUUUAAUUUUUCAUAAAGUGUCACUUAAAACUCUUGGUGUUAUAACCCAAUCAGCUACACGAAUUCAUUUGAAGCUCUAGGCCUCAUCGGCUUAUAACAUAGGUGAAAUGUUCCAUUGCCAUUAGACCAUUUUUCUCACUGAAAAACUUUAAUGGGCUUGCUAAGUAUAAAGUGACAAAAGCAUUUGAAGUCAUCUUGCCUAAAACAGAUUAUACUGCGCUAAUAUUGACGUUAUCCAUCUUUAGAAAUCAAUUCAGACGUUAGGUAAACACACAGAUAGAAUAGAAUCGU